AUGUGGAAUGAAAAAGACUUUCCUGACAUAAGCAGGCAAAGAAAUGAUAAUAAAUCAGAGAAGGAUAAUGGUGAUAAUAGAGAACAAACAAGAGAAGGAAAUAACACUGAGGGACAAGAGGUAAGUGAUAGCCAAAGAGGAAUUGAUAUUAGUGAAGAUGAGAAAAUGAUGUAUACACAAAUAGUGAAGCUGACAACGGUCCGAGAGGAAUUACUCAGGGAAACCAAGAAGGACGGCAGAGGAAUGAAGAGGAAGUUCCAGGAGACCGAAGCGAAAGACCCCGACACCAAACGGGCAAGGACGAAGGAAGAUGGCUGGCUUGUAGCUGGAAACACUCCUUGUUAUACCCAGUUGCUGGCAAGGAGCAGCUUUCCCCGGCCAGAGCCGAUGGACUUGGAAGAGGAACUUGCUACGUUCUGUGCCCUAAGACCGACGCAGUGCCCCGCAAAUGAGAGGAAGCGAACGGACAUUUCCCCCAACGAACCUCAACAGAAGAAGCUGGGGAAAAGGAAAGGGAAAGAAGAGCCUCAGAAGAAGCAGGCUGAAAAAAAACAGAAGAAGCAGAAGAAAAUGGAGGCUCCAAAGAACCAGGCCGAGAAGAAUAAGAAGAAAGAGGACCCUCAGAAGAAGCAAUCUGAGAAGAGAACGAAGAAAGGUGCAAAAGGGCCCCAAAAUCAGGAGAAGGACACGCGGAAGACAGAAGCCAUAACAAUGAGUGAGGCAGAGGUUGCCGAGCUCCUCAAGGAAGGAAAGGAGCUGGGGGCGGGGACCUACGGAACCGCUUACAAGGUCGUCCACAAGGGAGAGGUAACCGUCCUAAAGGUGGCCAAUUCACGCCUGUGGAGUGUGAAAGCGGCUUUCAGAAAGGAAGCGAAGGUUCUUCAGGCCCUCAAUGGCAAAGGAGGUGCUCCUCUGCUGUUUGGCACCUGUAGCAAACCAGCAGCUAUACUCAUGGAGUAUUGCCCGGGGGAAGAGUUCCUCUCGUUUAUAAACGACUCGAAGAACUCUCCUUCCCUUGCUUUGGGAAUCCUUCCAGACAUUGCGAGGGAACUGCACAAGAUCCACUUGGCAGGUUACGUCCAUGUGGAUUUGAAGACGGAUAACGUCAUGGUCCACGUCACAGAAGGCAAGGGCAAGAAACAGGUAAAGCCCAGGAUAAUCGACUUCGGAAUAGCUGUGGAAAGGAGAAAGGUAAUAGAGCUAUAUCCGAAUUUUUCAGAUUCCAUCUACCCGCAUGAGUACACGGAAGGGUGCGGCCGGCGCAGCCCUUCUGGGGGACGGGGUGUUAUUCCUAGUGGGUAUGUCUUAUUGAGGAUACGAUCCUAUGCCUUCAACGAUCACAUCCCACAGCACUAUGAGGAAAUUAUAAACAUGGCGAAGAACGAAAACCCAAAACUUCGCCCAACCGUCCCCAAGUUAGUGAAACUGUUAGAGGCAGCAAGAAAGAUGCCCGACCUACAAUAG